AUGAGGUGAUUCUCGCGAUUUACAUCACAAAGGUGGAGGGGAACACUACCGAAAGCAGGGACUAGACUUCUAGAUCUAUUUAUGAAUUGUGAAUAGAUUUUCACAAAAUAAGCGUUUCAUAAACUGAAAACUGUUACUCAUUGAAAAUGAGUGGUUUUGUCGGAGAUUUAAGUGAGAAGCAAUCGAAAGCACUGAAUGAGCUAAAAUCUAGAUUAGAUGGAGUUGAUCUUCCCGAACCAGAUGAUGUUAAUAUUGAUUCCUACCUCUUAAAAUGGCUCAGGGCUCGUCAAUUUAAUGUUGAACAAGCAGAACAUAUGCUAAGAAAUCAUUUAUCAUUCAGGGAAAAGUGGAACGUGCAAUCGCUGCUAGACAAUUGGCAUCCACCCGAGGUGCUGGACAAAUACAUGGUCGGAGGCUUGUGCGGGUUCGACAAAGGAGGCUCACCUGUUUGGUACGAGCCGUUUGGUUACUUUGACCCGAGGGGUGUGGUUCUGUCGAGUACGGGAAAUGACCUGACGAAAAUGAAGAUCCAGAUAUGUGAAGAAAUCCUCUCUCAGCUCAGGUCACAGACAAAGAAGCUAGGGAAGCCGAUAGACAGGAUGGUCAUUGUGUUUGACUUGGAGAAAGCGGGUCUCUCUCACAUCUGGAAGCCAUUCAUCGAUCGAUACAACCUCAUCCUGCAAAUAUUCGAAGCCCACUACCCAGAAAUGCUCAAAAAGUGCUUUGUGAUUAAUGCUCCAGCUUUCUUCUCGAUCGGUUUCAACUUGAUCAAGAAAUUCCUGAGUGAGGCUACCAAGAAUAAAGUCGUUGUUCUUGGAGGGAAUUACCAGGAUGUAUUAAAAGAAGCGAUAGGUGAAGACUUGCCUGCUCAUUUUGGUGGUACAGUAUGUGACCCAGAUGGUGACCCCCGCUGCGUGUCAAAGAUCCGAUUUGGUGGAAAGGUGCCUGAGUCAUUCUACCUGAAGGAUAAUUUCAUGCAUGAAGGCAGACUGACUGAGGUCAAUAUAGGUCAUGGGUCAAACUUAGAGCUUACGUACGAGGUCAAGGAGGAAGGCCAUGUACUCAAGUGGGAGUUUAUGACAAGACAUAACAACAUUGGUUUUGGAGUGUUCUACCAGCCAUCCCCAGAUACCAAGAGAGCACAGUGGGAGGAGGUGGUGGAGAGAACAAGAUGCUCAUGUCAUCUGGUACCGGAGAUUGGAGGAUAUUCUUGUGAGAAGCUGGGAACGUACAUUGUCCAGUUUGACAAUAGCUUCAGCUGGAUGAGAGGUAAGAAGGUUCUGUACCUCAUCGAGAUACAGAAGGAAGGGGACCAUGAAAGCUAGAAGGUCUCAACUCCAUCAUUGCCGUCAUGGGAUGGAAGUAUUACCCAUGUACCUCAAAUAGCACAAGAUAGAGCUGGAAGAAAAUGAACUCCUGAAUGCUAGAAGGUCUCUAGUCCAUCAUGUUUAAUAUACAAAUACUGCUAGAAUAUACCUCAAGCAACAUAAAGAUACCCAGUUCUGCUGACAAUCAGAAAGGCAUUAACCCAUGAUAGCUAGAGGGUCUCAACUCCAUCAUUGCCAUCAUGGGAUGGAACUAUCACUCAUGUACCUCAAAUAGCACAAGAUACAAGAUUCGGUUUAGAGCUGGAAGAACAUAUGAGAACUAGAAGGUAUCAAGUCCAUCAUUGCCGUCAUGGUUGACAAAUACUGCUAGAAUAUACCUCUAGCAACAUAAAGAUAUAAAAUUCUGCUGACAAUCAGAAGGGCAUUCACCCAUGAGAGCUAGAAGGUCUCACAUCCAUGUACAUGUAUGCCAGCAUAUACCUCAAGCAAUAUACAGUGCAUAUACAAUACAGUACAAGAUUCUGCUAAAAGCCAGAAGGUUAUAAACCAACGAGAGCUAGAGAGGCCCUCAAGUCCAUCAUUGCCAACUUGGGUUAGAAGUACCACUAGCAAAUAAAUUUUAAGUACCGGUAACAAAUACUAGAUUAAUUCUGCUAAGAGUCACAUGGGCAUUAACUGAUGAGUGCUAGAAGGUCUCAAGUCCAUCAUUGCCAAUGUGGAAUAUAAGUGCCACCACAGCAUGUACCUCAAGUAAAGAUAAAAGAUAUUUUAUGAUAAGAGGUAGAUGGGCAUUGACUUGAUUCCUUUCUUACAGAUUAAAUGCCUG